CCGACGCGGCCCUGGCGGGGCCCGAGACGCACGCCGACGAGACGCGCGCCCUCAACGCCGACCACGGGGGCGGGCCAGCUGGCGCUGCGCGUACGCGCGCGUCGCCGAGCUCAGGGCCGAGGUCGAGCGCGUCAACGAGGCGCUGCGCGCGGCGCACGAGACGAUCGCGCGCCUGCGCGCCGACGCCGACCGGCUCGAGGACCGCCUGUGCGACGAGCAGGACGCGGCCGUGGCCGCCGUCGACGCCAUGAAGGCCCAGCUCGAGAUGGUGGUCGCCAUGGGGCAGCAGUUCCUAACCGCCGCCACGCCCAAGGCCGCCGCGAGGCCGCCGCGGAGCACCCCUGCCUCAGCCCUCGGGGGUGGUGGUGGUGCUCUGGACGCAACGCCCACGCCCGCCGUUCGGGCCGGCGGCCUGUUCGACGCGGGCAAGGCGAGGAGGAGGAGCAGCAGUGUCGCCAGUCUCGGCGACGAUGCCGCAGAGUCCUCCGAGUCCCCAGCCGGGCCGGCGCCUGCCUCGCCUACGAGGACGACAAAGAGGAGGCGAUAUGAUAGUGGGUUGGGCUUCCUGGACGAGGAGGAGGUUAACGCAUCCAUGACUUGACGUUUUUUCUUCUCUUCUUCUUCUUCUUCUUCUUGAAUUACCUCGACGGGUUCCUCAGAACAUAUCGUUGGGUGGAACUCUGUCCUUUGUCUACCAAUUCCUCUCAUUUAUCACGAGUGUACUCUAAUGACACGCAUCUUUUGUUUUUCUUUUCUUUUUUUGUCUACCCAUGUUAUCCCACGCAUUACGUGUAUUUGACAUUCUCGGGCGCCUCCUUGCUCUUGGUCAUGACGCAAACGAGUCAUAUGUACAUAAUAUAGACCUGCAGUUGAUGAUACGAACUAUCUGUGGCUGUUGCCCGGUUGCCUUUGUCUUUCCAAGGGUUGGCGAGAUGCAGGUGGAAUCUCGAUAGGUGGCUGGCUAC